GUAAUGGGCGGGUCUUAAUGGUGUCGCUCUGCUCGCUUCUUCCUCCGCCGUUCUUCAACUCUACAGCUGCUUCGCGGACAGAAGACGGGUUCGGGUGGGGGACACGGAGGUCUCUAAUAUUUGAAAGCACAUUUUGGUAAAGAUGGCAGCCAUCAGGAAGAAGUUGGUGAUAGUCGGGGAUGGUGCAUGUGGGAAGACCUGUCUGCUCAUCGUCUUCAGCAAGGACCAGUUCCCAGAGGUCUACGUGCCCACCGUGUUUGAGAACUACAUCGCCGACAUCGAAGUUGAUGGCAAACAGGUGGAGUUGGCGUUGUGGGACACAGCAGGUCAGGAAGACUACGACCGACUGAGGCCGCUCUCUUACCCCGACACGGACGUCAUCCUCAUGUGCUUCUCCAUAGACAGCCCCGACAGUUUAGAGAACAUUCCCGAGAAAUGGACGCCUGAAGUGAAACACUUUUGUCCCAACGUCCCAAUAAUUCUCGUGGGCAACAAGAAGGACCUGAGGAACGAUGAGCACACGCGCAGGGAGCUCGCCAAGAUGAAACAGGAGCCCGUUAAGUCAGAGGAGGGCAGAGACAUGGCCAACCGCAUCAGUGCAUUCGGUUACCUGGAGUGCUCCGCCAAGACCAAGGACGGCGUGCGGGAGGUGUUUGAGAUGGCCACCAGGGCGGCGCUGCAGGUCCGCAAGCGCAAGAAGAGGGGCGGCUGCCAGCUUCUGUGAAGGGACAAAGUGUGUCGGCCAAUCGAGGGAGGCUCCCCCCUUGAGCACAGAGCAAACCUAGAGAAUUGGCUUCUGUGGACUAUAUUUACUUCACAGAUGCAGAUAUGCCGCGGGAAUAUGAAAGACUGACACACCUGUUUUAAAACAAAACAAAAGGCUGAUUUUUGUUUUGCUUUAAUAUUUUCUCUGCUACUCACACACACCUUUCAGUUAGUUUCCUGUUCUUUUCCUCCACCAGCACACCAGUCUAUUAGUGUGAAGGACUUGUUCCGCCCUUAUAUGAAUGUAUGUUUGUUAAUAUAUGUGCAAAUACUUUACAAACCUAUCACGUCUGUAUGUUUACAGAGAAGAGACUAGAUCAAAUGCUCCCUCAAUUGCAAAUUUGCUUAAAUGUUUGGGAACCCCUGCUUCUCUUCAAAAUGUAUGUACCGCUGUCUGCUUAUACAUCCGCUUAGAUCACAAUCAACCUGUAUGACGCACCACUAUUGAUUUGACUCAUGUUAUGUGUGGGGUCAUCAGAGCUCCAUUUCCCCUCGUCCUUCUCUUGUUGCAGUAACUAAAGUUAGAGCCUGUUGACUGCAUCCAUCCACUGCACGCUGCCGUGAGUGUUUGUGUGGACAGGUUUUGGACUUCACAGCACUGGACACAGCGGCCUAUUGUCACAGACACAAUACUCCGCCGUGUCACGCUGGCUCACAGUCUGACCGACUCGCCGGUCCACAAGAUCCAGUAAACAGUCAUUACGCAUCACUGUGUACCGCAUCUACAGGUGUCUGGUGUCAGCACCCUGUAUACAAUUCAGACCGGUUAUAGGUAUAUUCUGCACAUAAGUUUCAAUAAAAAAAAUUCCAGCUGAAAUGUCUUCAGCAAUUUGACAUUUCCUGUUUGUCACCCAAGAUAAAUAUCUUCAGUAUUUGGCUUUGUUGUGUAAUAUCUUUUAUUCAAUAUUACACACAAUGGACUUAACCUGAAUUGUGAUUUGAGACAACACGCAUGCGAGUGUCCGGUCCAAAGCCGUCUCUAGUAGUGGUCAUUGAAGGGACGGACAUCGGAGCUCAGAGCUUCAUCAAAAGGCCGUUCACAGCAAAAAUGUAGACAACUUAAAGUGAAACGAUUCAUACAGUGCGUAUUGCAAAGCCGGUCCUAUCAUGAAGGUAUGCAGUCGUGUUCAGUGGUGUGGAUCUUACCGAUGUCAAAAGCUCUGCUUUUUAUCCGGUAGGUUCCGACCCACAUGGAUGAGAUCGGGCUGAUCUGUUAUACUAAACCCACUAGUUAGAGAAUUGUUGAUUCUGAUGACUGACGCUUUACAAACAGGAGUGGGAUGUCUGGAUGAAACAAACAUGCUAUUAAAAUAUUUUUAAAAUACUACGAAAACAA